CCUUCGGCUCCCACCAAUCAGGAGCCGCGCCGGCCAGAAGGGAACGAGGAGGCCGCGCGGCCUUGCCUUUCGCCUCGCCUCGUCCGCGGCUGGGGAGAGACGCCGCCACCGCCGCCAUGGCCGCUCCGCGCUGGGCGCCUCAGGUCUUUCGUUUACUAGGAGGUUUUAGAUCACAAAAACAGGUGACCAGAAGUUUUGGUAGUACUACACAGACGGUAACUUUGAUUCCAGGAGAUGGCAUCGGACCAGAGAUUUCUGCUGCCGUCGUGAAGAUUUUCGAAGCCGCUAACGCUCCUGUGCAGUUUGAAGAGAGAAACGUAUCAGCCAUUCAAGGGCCGGGAGGGAAAUGGAUGAUCCCGCUAGAUGCGAAAGAUUCCAUGGACAAGAACAAAAUAGGACUGAAAGGCCCUUUGAAAACUCCCAUAGCCGCGGGCCACCCGUCGAUGAACCUGCUGCUCCGCAAAACGUUUGACCUCUACGCAAACGUCCGUCCCUGCGUGUCGAUAGAAGGCUACAAAACUCCUUACACAGACGUCGACAUAGUCACAAUACGGGAAAACACGGAAGGCGAAUACAGCGGCAUUGAGCACAUAAUAGUUGAUGGCGUCGUACAGAGCAUCAAGCUCAUCACGGAAGAAGCCAGCCGGCGCAUUGCCAAUUUUGCGUUUGAGUACGCCAAAAACAACCACAGAAGCAAAGUCACGGCUGUUCACAAGGCAAAUAUCAUGCGAAUGUCUGACGGCCUGUUCUUGCAAAAAUGCAGGGAAGCAGCCGAGAACUGUAAAGAUAUCAAGUUUAACGAAAUGUAUCUCGACACAGUGUGUCUCAACAUGGUGCAAGAUCCGAGUCAGUUUGACGUCCUUGUUAUGCCAAACUUAUACGGCGACAUCCUUAGUGAUUUGUGCGCGGGAUUGAUCGGGGGCCUCGGAGUGACGCCGAGCGGCAACAUCGGUUCCAACGGGGUUGCCCUCUUUGAAUCGGUUCAUGGAACCGCUCCAGACAUUGCAGGGAAAGACAUGGCGAACCCGACCGCCCUGCUCCUAAGCGGGGUGAUGAUGCUGCGUCACAUGGGCCUGCAUGAAUACGCCAGGAGAAUAGAGGCCGCCUGCUUCGACACCAUCAAAGACGGAAAGGUCCUGACCAAAGAUUUGGGAGGCAACUCCAAGUGUUCGGACUUCACCGCAGAUAUCUGCCGCAGAGUGAAGGAUAUGGAAUAACGACAAACACUCCCGCCCGAAGUAUUGCAUCAUUUUCACGUGCUCCUGGUGGAUCUUUUUACUCAAAUGCAUUAUCUGUAUGCAGUGUAUAUACGUUGGCUUUUCCUUUCUCUUGGAGGAAGCAAACUUCCUUUCAUUUUUUUUUUGUUUUUUAAGACGGGGCUCUUUGUUAAAUCAGUUCAGUCCAAUUGGAUGUGAUUAUUUUCUCGUGCCUGCUUUUGCCAGACUGCUUUCCAAGAGCUUUUCAUCCGUUUAUUUAUAUGUCGAACAUCCCUCCCGCACAACCCUCUUUUUGUGGAGGGUAGAAAUGAAAUUCCUUUUUUUGGGUACUGGAGGAAACGGUCGGCCACCUCCCCCUUCUGAAAUCUUUCCACUUCCCACUUGCCUUGAGUCUCUAGACAGAAGAGAACACACAACUUUAAAAUGAAUUCGGAUGGGUUAUACUGUCUGUGGCCUCUGUGGAAUUCAGUACGCUCUUUGGCCUUAAAAAUAGCACAAGCGUAUACAUAUUUCCUAAAGCAAAAAUACUUGAAUUAAAAUCUAGGGGAAGCCAGUGUCAACCUUGUGUGUGCUACCAGCACCUGAGGAGUUGGUUUUCAAAAGCUUCAGUAAACCGGGUAAAAUUCUGACUUUUCAAAGAUUGUAUAUAAAAUGCAGGGUAUCUUUAGCACUGUGGCGAUUCCUUAUCCAGAUAGACUCUCUCUUCCUCCCUCUCCACUACAAAUGACUUGUUUCUUGAUCGGACAGUCUCCAGUGCUGACGAGUCUCGCAAACCGAUUCUGUCUGCCACAGAUUGAAAGAGAGGUUGGGGAGAGAGAGGGCUUUUCUAUCUACAGUAAUGUCAGGUUCAUCACCUGCUAUUCCUGAACCCGAAGGCCUUUAGGUGGUGCCGGCUUUCUAUAUCGUUACUCAGUUUACAUUUAUACUGCUCUGUGAUUGACAGUUUUUCAGAACAACCAAAAACGGACAAUGAAUGAGACCGCAGAGUCGGUCCAGGGGAAAAUCAAGCAGGGGGACUUGCAGCUAGGGUGGCUAAAAACGGUCCCUCCGCAUGGUUUUCUGACCUGAACAGCGUCUAGCGCUACAAAAUAGAUCCUGUGAUCUGUCCUCACGCUGUCUUUCCCACCCCUGCAAACGGCAGCUAGUUAGGAAAGCUGACAUUCGCAGCGGGGCCCCGUGCGAAGAAACGUUCUCGUGCGCUGCCACACAUCACGGCUAGUUGCAGCCAGAGAUAGAAGAUGCAGGGUUGUUGUUGUUUUUUCAUUUUAUUUUUCAGGUUAUGCCCGGAAGGCGUCAAAGACCUAAACUUCCUCCCGUGGUGUGUUUCGCGGGGCAGGCGCGUGACGCCGACCCCUUUGAAUCGCUCCGUGGCCCGUUUCUCCAUCACGUGUGCAACACUCACAGUGUUCUCCACGAUUUUGUUCACUGAGCUUCAGGCUUCGCCUGCCUGGGCAGCCACUACUCAAACUACGAAUCCGAGCCGUGCAAACGUCUGCCUUACUACUUGGUGUCUGCACAAUCGAAAUGGCUGAGGGGACUUUAAGAGUUGCAGGGGUGUGGGGUAUCAUUUUUUGGCGGUCGUUGUUCUGCUUCUGCACUGACAAGUCCUCGGUGACUUCCGUUCUCGUGCGCCAAUGCGGGCUGGCUUGAAAGAACGAACUGUCGCUUCCACUGUGUCUUACGUACUGCUGCUGCUUCGUCUCUUUGGAUUGUACUAAGUGGUCGGGGGGAGUUACCGUUGCACACAAAGAGGCGAAAACAAAAUAAAGACCUUACGAAAAUA